AUGUCGAACGUUUUAGUGCUUCUAGCUGCCUGCUUUCUUGGGGCCAGAGCGAUUUCGGUAGGAGAAGAGCCACCUUUCUUUGUCAAAUGUGGUUCAGCUCACUCCGGAGAAGGCUCUCGAGGAGAUGAUCAAAUGGGACGCCAGCCAUCCGCCAGUCACUGGUCCUCCGAGCAGCAACCUGAACGGCAACGCCGGUUCCAACGGCAACGGCAAUGCCAACAACGGCUCCAAUCCCAAUCCAAGCCUUAACAAUUCUAUUAACAGUACCAAUGGAAAUGCUUCAAUAGGUUGAUCACUCCAAAAAAAAAAAAAAUACAUUUUUCCAGUUAUAACGCAAUUGUCAUUGAAAACUUUGGAACUGGACAAAGGAAACUUUACGAAGAAUGGUGAGGUUUCAGAAUUACAAAAACCUUUCGAGCUCUUUCAACCUAAAAUUUAGUUAAACAAUUUGGUAAAAAAAAUUUGUUGAAAUUCCUACUCAUCAUUUUUUUCCAGGAGCAUCGUACACUUCUCCUCCUGUUGAAAUAAAUAAGGAACAUAUCGUGUUCUUGAAAGUCGAAAACGCCCAAAGAGAAUUUAUUUCGUCAGUGAAUAUCUCACUCCAAUUUCCUACCAUUAGAACUUUAGAGCGGAUGUUCACAGUUAUACCUGCCCUCCCACUAUGAAAUUCAGCGAAACUCCAGCUUUCAUUUUCGAUUUCGCUAAUGAAUUCAUUUACAGGAUUGGUGAGUUUUUGAUCUGAUUAAAACAAAAAAAAGUAAACGUUUUAGAUUCUUCCUCGAAAAUCAAAGGCUGCACAAUCACACUGGAUCUCACGAAGGGAUCCAGUUUCCAAACAAUAGAACUAAAAUUCAUUUGAAAAAAAUUUGUUCAUUUCUUUUUUUUUGCAAUAAAAUUUGAAAACUUGCCAGAAGCUUUACGACAUCUUACAUAAAUUGGAAGUGUGUGCAAAUGAGUGAAAGCUGUUCUCGAAGUUUUUUUUUGCCUCGAAAGCACUUGCUCAAAAUUUAGACUUCGAAAAAAAUUGGUCGUUCGUUUAUUAGUGUUUUUCGGAAUUGAUCAUUUUCCCCAGUUCGAAAUUUUUGCCCUCAGGUCCAAUUUAAGGCGGAAUCCACUUCGACUGAGUUCUCAAGGUCAGUUUUCUAAAGAUCUUUUCUUUAAAACAAUUCCUACUUGGAACAAACUCAUUUCCAAAUUUCGAUUCAGCCACCACUACUGGUCAAUCUACCAUUGCACGAGAUCUUCUCGUCUAUUCCUCCACGGCUCAAAUGAUGUAUAACUGUAUGAUGUAUUCUCUUAAAUUCUAG